CACAGGCCACGCGGCGCGGAUUCUGGGAAGACUCCUCACCACAGGGAGCGGUUGGCUAGUUUUGUGUUCGGUUAAUUAGGGAGUUCCAGUACAGGAACCUCGGAUUAUGCCUGAGACUUCACUGGUCAUUAUUCGAUACGGCCCUUACAAAUCGUGUGGUGUUGUUGACCACAGGACGUUCCGCCUGGAUGGUCUCCAAGCGGUACUGAAAGACUGCGGCCACUCCUAUGUUCUGGAGAAAAUACCUGAUUGGAACCAGGUGGAGCUCGUGGUCAACGGAGAGUGCAUUUAUAAGUGCAACAUCAAUGACCUCGAAUUUGGUGGUGAUGGACGACUUGAUCCUUUAUGUAAACGAGUCACAGAAGCAGUGAAGAAUGCAUACCAGCAACACCAAAUAUGACAUGCAAAUGUGCUGCUGAUAAAAAAAUACAAACACAUGGCAUGGUU